GCUCCGCAGCUCCGCGGGCGCGGAUUAUAAGGGGCCGGUUCUCUCUCCGCCCCCCCUCUCCGCGCUCCCCACCCCUUCCUCCGGCCGCGGAGCGGGGCAUGGAGUCGGCGGGAGGCUAUAAAAGCCCCUGAGGAGGACGGCGGCGGGGUCAGGGCGCUGCGACAGCGGAGCAAUCACCACCAUGUCCCACCACUGGGGUUACGGCAGCCACGACGGACCGGCUCACUGGCAUGAGCACUUCCCCAUCGCCAACGGAGAGCGCCAGUCCCCUAUUGCCAUCAGCAGCAAGUCGGCCAAGUACGACUCCUCUCUGAAGCCCCUCAGCUUCAGUUACGAUGCCGGCACGGCCAGGAACAUCGUCAACAACGGGCACUCCUUCAACGUGGAGUUUGACGACUCUUCCGACAAGUCAGUGCUGCAAGGAGGAGCCCUGGAUGGAGUCUACAGGCUGGCCCAGUUCCACAUUCACUGGGGAUCCUGUGAGGGCCAAGGGUCUGAGCACACCGUGGACGGUGUGAAGUAUGAUGCAGAGCUCCAUAUUGUUCACUGGAACGUAAAAUAUGGUAAAUUUGCUGAAGCUGUGAAGCAUCCUGAUGGUUUGGCUGUGGUAGGCAUCUUCAUGAAGGUAGGAAAUGCCAAGCCUGAAAUACAGAAAGUUGUGGAUGCUCUGAACUCCAUUCAAACCAAGGGGAAGCAAGCUUCCUUCACAAACUUUGACCCCACUGGACUGCUUCCUGCCUGCAGAGACUACUGGACAUACCCUGGCUCACUGACCACCCCCCCGCUGCUCGAAUGUGUCAUCUGGCACGUUCUAAAGGAGCCCAUCACCGUCAGCCCCGAGCAGAUGUGCAAACUCCGUGGCCUUUGCUUCAGCGCCGAGAAUGAGCCCGUGUGUCAUAUGGUGGACAACUGGCGCCCGUGUCAGCCUCUGAAGAGCAGAGAAGUCAGAGCUUCCUUCCAGUAACCUCGGCGCUGAGCGUGCUAGAAAUUGCUGUGUUUGUGAGGAGCCCCUUUUUUUGCUAAGCACAAAUCAAACCUUUGCCGCGUGUGCCCUGGCAACAUCUUGUCUCCCAGAUCCAUUCUUUCUUUCGCUCCAGCUGAUGAUGAUGUGGAAGGCGCUUGGCCAAAUAGGACAAAUAGGGUUCUUUAAGGUGUGUGGGGUUGGGGGAGGCAAGGGGUGGUGGGGGCUGUGUGCGUUUGGGUGACUCUUUCUGCCACCGACACUUUGGUGAUAACAAACAGGGUGUUGGCUUCUUGGGAGAAGGGAUGGUGGUAGCAAAAUAAGCCAUUUUAAGAAACCUCAUCCACAGGUAUACGAUAGUACAUGUAACUAACGAUAACUUGAAGCUUUGUGAAAAGCACAGGAAUAUACAGAAUCUAGAUACGAUUUAGGGGUGGGUGGGGGGGGGAAAUAAAGUAUUUUGAGAAAGUAAAGCAAAAAUGAAUAUUGAGAAUUAGACUACUUAGAUUUUAAGAAACUGACAUGUAAAUAUUUUUGAGACCAUUUUACACUUUUACCCAUGCUAUCAACAACCUUGAUUAUGUCUUAAUGGUAGUGUUGGAUUUUUUUUAAUUAAAAAUGUCCUAAAUUAA